AUGCCGAUGGGCUCGAGCAGGCUGCUCCGCCCGGGGCGUUUCUUCGAGCGGGAGAGCCAGCGCGCGGUCAACCUUGGGCCGAUGAGCUGGCGGGCGAGGCUGCUGACAACUGCAGGCGGGCCCCAGCAGGAGGGGUACUUGAAGAACCGGUCGGUUUCCGUCAAGACCCUGCGCGUGUACCCAGAGGCAGUGAGGCUGUUCUACCUGUUCUGCAGGAGCGUCAUGAUGCCCACCGCCACGUACCAGGAGCUAGACGUGGCCAUGGAGCAGUACCUGCACAAGCUGUACUUCGACGGGAAGACGAUCUCUCGGCCGAACAGCACUGUGCACGGGCUCGUGUACGAGCUGAACCUCACGUGGUCAAAGACGUCGGAGAUCCCGCUCAUUCGAAAGGCCCUGCUAAGCCACCGCAGGAGCUCGUGCAGCGUGUCGCGGCUUGGCGCCCCGUGGGAGUGCGCUGUCUCCCUGGCCGGCUUCAUGGCUCGGCACGCCUUGGUCGAGUCCAUCCAGGCGGCCUGCCUCGCCCUCCUGAUGUUCGAUACUUACCGGAGGAUCUCAGAGGCCGUCGCCCUAGGCUUCUUCUCGCUGAUCGUUGCACCCAGGGAGCUUGGGAAGCCGACGAAGGCGGGCACCAACGACGACACCGUCCUCGUCGGCGAGACGGCACCAGAGAGGAGGCCUGUCCUGCGCGCGAUCCUCGUGCAAAUCCUGCGGGCAACCAAGCCCGGGGAGUAUCCUUUCCCAGACCUCACGGCCCCAAAGUACGGGCUGAUGUUCAGACGGGCCUGUCAGGCCUUGGGCUUCGGCGAUCUCAAGCUUUGCCCACGCAGUCUCCGACACGGUGGUGCCUCAGUCGACGCCCUGAACGGGGUCGACACUCUCACGAUCCAGAGGCGGUGGAACGUGAUUGCGUCCUGCCGACGAUACGAGAAGAAGGGCCGCAUCUUGAAGCAGCUGGCGAUUCUCGGCCAGGACCGCGUGCAGGAGUCUGCAGACGAGCUGGCCUGGCUGGUGUCGAGCCUGUCUGCUUUUGCUAGUUCCCGUGUUCAGGGGAGCUUCGACCAUGGAUCUGUAGCCCGUUCAUUGGUGAGCUCAUCCGUGCUCGCGAAUCCCAUCACCGGAGGCGUCGGCCUGCAGGUGGAGCUGGCGGCGCUGCUCGCGGGCGUGAACCUGGCGAGUUUCGUGGCCCCGUUGGCGCGGCUGGGGGUGGAGACGCGCGCGGACCUCCGCUACGUCACGGAGGAGGACGACCUCGAGGGCAUGUCUAUGACGGUGAUCCAGAGGCGCAAAUUCAAGGAGCUGGCCGACGCCGCGGGCGGCGCUGCCGCAGCGGGCGGUGGCGGCGGCGGGGGCUCCAGAGGCGGCGGCAAAGCCGGCUGCAAGAGCGGCAGCAAGGGCGGCGGCAGGGUUGGCGGCGGGGCCUCCAGGGCCGGCGCUGCGCCCAUCGGGGCGUCGCCUGCCAAUGGCGAGGGGAGCUGGCGCAGAGGCAGCGGCAAGGGCGGCGGCAAGCGCGGGCGCUGAGGCCGUCGCCCCGCUUGCGCCGCCGCCCGCCGCCGACAGGAGCUUCGCUUGCCGCAUGCUGUGUGGCCACGCGCGCCCUCUGGCGGCCGGGGGCCGGCCGCCCCGCGAUGCCAAGCGGCCCUGGGCACGGGUCCCGCCGAGAUGAGGCGGGCCUCUGCUAGCUAUUCGCAGGAGCUCCGCAGUCAGCGUCACCGAGGCGGGUGCCCAGCUGCGAGUGUUUCGGCAGCCGGCAGGACGGCGGCAGAAGAGUGGCACUUUCGCGCAGCAGGAUGCGGGAAAGUGGCAGGAAAGCGCCACUUGCACCAAUCGACCCGUCAGGGUGGCGCUGACGCGUGCCGCGGUGUGAGCGCCGGGCGCGCCCCCGGCGGCGUCUGGCAAGGCGCGGCCGGCGCCGAUCCCCGCGGCUACGCCGCGAGCUCUCGGGGCCGCCCCCGAGCCCCAGUCCAGCACCCACUCAGAGCCACGGCGGGCGGGUUGUCUUGCGUUUUUCUGGUCGAUGAGAUGGCGAGAUGGGUGCCUUUGCCACGCCGCCAGAAGCGCAGAGGUCGGCCCGCCUCGUAGUCGCCCGCCUCGUAGUCGCGGCGGAUAUGUUUCCUGCCUUGCGCAAGACCAAACCAGCGGCAUCGCGAGAGGCAA